AUGUCACGACCAAUACCCAUUGAAGAAAUGGUGGAAACUUUCAAAAGAAAUCACAAAACAUCUCACUUGUUCAAGAUAGACAACUUCUCUUUACUCAAGAAGCACCAAAUCCAAAGAGUCGAAUCCUCUGUUUUCUAUAUCGGUGGUCACAAAUGGAAAAUCAUUGUCUAUGUCGUCAGUCAGCUAAUCCCACAAUGGCACCCCAAGAAAAACGUAAAAUGGAACUUUGAACCAUCAUCAACACCGUUAUGGAAAGGAUUUUCAAAACUGAUGUCACUUGCUGAUCUUGAGAGCAAAGGUUUCCUUAUUGGAGAUUGUUGUAUGUUUGGUGCCACUCUUGUUGGUGUUGAACCUGGUCCACACGGAACAGCCGAAUGUUUUAGCUUGAUUGAGAAGCCUCUCAACCACAGAGUCACUUGGUUGAUGACCAAGUUCUCGUCGUUCGAGCCUGGAGAGAUUCAUUACUCUAAUGAAUUUGUCGUUGGAAACCGAAAAUGGAGAAUUAAAGUUCAGGAAAAACACAAAUCGUUUUCUGUGUAUCUAUCCGGAGAAGGGUUUAUCAACGAUGCGCGAAAGACAAAAACUUUCGCCAAAUUUAAGCUGCGGGUAUUGGAUCAAACUAAACAGAAACAUAUUGAGAAAACAGAAUCGGAUUGGGUUGAUGAGGAACCUGGUGACAAGAAUGGCUUUGAGGAUUUCAUGCCUCUGUCGAAACUUGGUGAACCUUAUUUGGUUAAUGAUAAGCUUUAUGUUGGAGUUGACUUCGAAGUCAUUUCUAUGACUAAAGAUUGUUAG